AUGUCAGACUCUUUCUUCGGCUUUGAUACUACCCUGCCCCCAUUAAACUCUGAUCAAUUAACCGGAUUAGAAGAAAAUACUGGUGGACAAAACGACGAGACCGAGGAGGAGGACUUGGAGAGGAAAUUUAAAGAGUUCUCUCUCCUUCCAGAAGAGGAUUUUCGGGCUUUUGACGAUGAACAAAAUUUUGAUUUGAGUGCACAACUAGAAGAGACAAGGGACGAUUUCAACGACGAAACUUUUGGAAAUGUUGGUGACAUGGGUCAAGAUUUUGAUUAUAUGAAAAGUACCGCGAAAAUAGUGGAUACAAUACAAAAAGAAGAAGAAAUUUAUGUUACUCGAAGGGAAAGUAAUAAUAAUUCAGAAAAUUAUGAUGAGCAAGCCAAGCGUAGACCAUCUUAUGCCGCUUUAUGGGGAAAUGAUUCAGACGGUAUGAUUAAUGGUAAUGGAAAAGGUGUCCAUUCAAAUGAAGCAUCACCCAUAAGUCCCUCGAUAUGGGGAUCAUUUCAUUCGCCAUCAAAUCGUAAAGACAAUUCUAAUAUUUCCGGUACCUUUGAGAUACCUCAACAUUACACACCACCUCAGACAUCUCCACCUCCCGGUUUUGGACUACCAUCACAUCCUUCUAAUCGCAUGCCAAUGUCUCUUGACGAAAUUGAAGCGCAAUUAUACAGGCAAGCUGGUUUACCAGAAAAAAGGAUUUACAGUUUGGCUGAAGUCGAGGCUGCUAUAUUAGGCAUAAAUGGUCGUCCACAACAAUCACAACAAUUACCCAUUCAUCCUGCGUCGGAUGCCGUUUUUAGAGAAGAAAUUGCUUAUCUUGAACAAGAGGCAUUAAUGUAUAAGAGACGAGAAAAGCAACGAAAAUUGGUCGAAAUGUCCAGAUAUAAUGGUCUUAUGACUCAAAGCGAUAAAGACUUUAUUAAUCGAAUUCAGAUAUCUCAACUUGUGACGGAUGAUCCUUAUGCUGAUGAUUUUUACUUUCAAGUUUAUACAGCUAUAAGAAGCCGACAAGCACAGCCUCAAAUGUCUGCAUUUUCACCGCACAUGGGUGGAGCUGGAUUUAUGGGACACGAACGAGGUAGACAUCGUAGUAGGGGAUCAGAAAGUGGAUUAUUAAAAAUGCAGCAACAAGUUUUGAGGAUAGUAAACGAUGCCAGAAGAAAACCAAAGUUAACUCAGCUAUCACUUGAAGGUGCUUUAGGUAAAAUUGCACUUAAUUCCGUUCGCAAUCCCAGACAACUAUUACAAGUUUCUUCAAAACAUAAUGAUAUACACCAUCACGCGGGACCAAGUAGUGGGAUUCAUCAACCACACCAAAAAGUUCCAUCAAUUUCUUCCCAUGGUAUCGUAGAUCAUAGAAAAGUACUAAAGUCCAUUGAGAAUGUAUACACAGCCGUGCUUGCCUUAGAGGAGUUAAGAAGGAACCAACCACCAUUACCAAGGUAUGCUACUGAUCAUGAACGGGAUGUGGUCGAAAAAUGGAAUGAAGAAUAUACAGAAUUGGCAAAGACAAUGUGGGAAGAAUUAAGAGUCACAGAGAUGUUUGGUGUCAGCGUACUUUCUGUUGCAAAAGGGAAAAAGGUCAUUCCACGUGUGCUGCGACAUUGUCUUCCCGAUCAAAUCCUUACGUUAAUCACCAUGUUGGUUGCCAAUUUUGAAGCACUUGAUGUUUGCAAGGGUGCGAUCUGGGGACCUCAAGGAAUUAUUAGCCCUGUAAUGUUAGAGGAAAUUGAAUUAUUUAUGAACACUGUUGUUCCACCUCUGUUGCAAUUUGUAGCAGAGGCACCAAUGAGAAUUGUACUUGGGUUAUUUGGAUUGUUUAUUGAAAGAAAUAGCAUUGUUUGGGUAGCGAGGAGUAAGGUUGGGUUAGCUUUUCUAACGAUGUUUUUGAGCCGUACUGAAAUAUUAAAACAAGGUGGUGGUACUAUGCAAGGUUUACCUUUACCAGAAGAACGAGAAUUGUUGCACUGGCAAGAGUUAUAUAAUCGACUAUUUAAUCUUCUGCAAAAUCAUUUUUUGCCAUUGUUUCCCCCAUUUAAUAUUGGAUUAGACGAUAUGUAUGUAUGGCAAUUUCUUGCGGCGAUGGCUGUUGGUGCAUCUACUGAACAGCAACAUAUUCUAGUAACCGAAGUGAGGGAACGAGUGUUAGACACUGUAAUGCAAGCUUCAAGACUUUCAGCUGACAAAGCAUCACACAAAAUUGCCAAU